AUCUCAAAAUUUGGCACUCUACUUUUCUCCCCUUCCAAGAACCUAAAGAUUUCGACUUUCAAUCAAACCAUAGUUUCCUUUUAUUAUUGUUUCAGUUUUCUCUUUUUUCAUGGGUAUAUAUUUGUACCUGAGUGGUGUGUAAUCAAAGGAACUGUUGAUGGUUUUAGGUGUGCUUUCUGUGGAGUGUUUGGUCUCUUGUUAAACACACUGUUGUGCUUGGUAGAUUGUGCUGUUAGGGCUCUUUUAUGGGCCCGGAGUUCCACUGAGGGGGAUUUUCAUGGUGGAUGGGAGAGGAGUCUCUAUCUAUUUCCUCAGUGCUUUUCUCUUUUUUGCACCCAUUUCCUGCUGUCUCGCAUUUGGGGUUCUAGGGUUCCUUUUUAAAGAUAAGACUUGGGGAUUUGGGGUUUUCUGCUCUUCAUAUUUUGGUUCUUGGCAAUUUUGUGAUCUGGGUUUUUGAUUUUGGGGUGCGUGUUUUCAGUAUUCUGGGGAUUGCUGAUUGCUGAAUUUUAAACUCGUGUUCACCUUUCUUCACACUUUGAUUCAAUUGGUGCUCAAUUUCAGUGCUGAGUUCUCUCUGCUUUAGCUUCUAGUGUUAGAUUCUUGAAGUCAAUGACCCUGAUCUUAUUUUCUGAUUAAUGCUUCCAAGUGUUCAUCUUUUGCAGGACCUGAUGGUCUAUCUGGAAAUUUAAAUUUUGAACUUGGCCUUGAAGAUACAUUAAUGUUGAUAAAGUUGGAUUGGAUUUGUUGAAAUGACUGAUCGUUCAAGAAUGGAUAGAGUUAUUCAGCCUCCUCUGGUUGACACAACAGCUUGCCUCUGUAGAGUAGAUGCUGGGCUCAAAACAGUUGCUGGUGCUAAAAGGUAUGUGCCUGGGACAAAGCUUUGUCUUCAACCAGCUAUCAAACCUUCUAUUCAUCCUACAAGACAGAAACCACCACGCGACAAAAACCGAACCCAGUCCCCUUUUCUCCCCGGACUUCCUGAUGAUCUUGCCAUUGCGUGCUUAAUUCGAGUCCCUAGGAUUGAGCAUUGCAAGCUUCGUCUAGUCUGUAAAAGAUGGGACCGUCUGCUGGCUGGUAACUUCUAUUACUCACUUAGAAAGAAACUUGAAAUUGCUGAAGAAUGGAUAUACGUAAUCAAGAGAGACCGAGAUGGUAAGGUAUCUUGGCAUGCCUUUGAUCCCAUAUACCAGCUGUGGCAGCCACUCCCUCCCGUGCCCAAAGAAUACUCUGAAGCCCUUGGUUUUGGAUGUGCUGUUCUCAGUGGUUGUCAUCUCUAUUUGUUUGGUGGCAAGGACCCUGUUAAGGGUUCCAUGAGAAGAGUGAUCUUUUAUAGUGCGCGGACUAAUAAAUGGCACCGUGCCCCCGAUAUGCUUCGAAGGCGACAUUUUUUUGGCUUUUGUGUAAUAAAUAACUGUUUGUAUGUUGCUGGUGGAGAGAAUGAGGGAGUUCACGGGUCUCUGAGAUCAGCUGAGGUUUAUGAUCCAAACAAGAAUAGAUGGUCCUUAAUUUCUGAUAUGAGCACAGCAAUGGUACCCUUCAUUGGAGUUGUUUACCAAGGAAAAUGGUACUUGAAAGGCCUAGGUACUCACCGACAGGUUAUGAGUGAGGUUUAUCAACCAGAAACGGAUACCUGGAACACUGUUUAUGAUGGAAUGGUUACGGGCUGGAGGAACCCAAGCACUACGCUAAAUGGGCGGCUUUAUGCUUUGGACUGUAGAGAUGGUUGCAAACUUAGGGUAUACGACGAAGCGACAAAUUCUUGGAGCAAGCAUAUUGAUAGCAAGAUGCAUUUGGGAACCUCCAAGGCUUUGGAGGCAGCAGCGCUCCUCCCUCUAAACGGUAAACUGUGCAUUAUCAGAAACAACAUGAGUAUUUCGCUUGUUGAUGUAGUGAAAUGUGAUGAUGCCGGGGGUGCAACAUCCGAGCACUUGUGGGAAACUAUUGGUGGGAAAGGACAGUUCAAGACGAUGGUGACAAACUUCCUGUCAAGCCUUGCUGGUAGGAGCCGCCUCAAAAGCCACAUUGUUCACUGCCAGGUUCUUCAAACUUGAAUUUUGUAACUAGUUUUUUCCAACUGUCGAUGCCACAUAGGCUUCUUUUCUCUUCAUUUGUUUCCAUUCAUGAGCCAUGGCAUAGGGAGAGCAAUCAAAAAAGCUUGAGAAAUUGAAAUUGGCCCAAUGUCAAAUUGUCAAUGUAUGUGCCUGUCUGCCUCUCUUGUAGCAUAUAAUGAAGUUAGCAUGUACUGUUAGGUAUUAGGUAGACUAAAAAUGCUUCAUUUUGCCUUCUAGACUACUGCAUUUCAAAUAUAUAAACAUACACAGCCCAGCUCUUGUAUCUUUUGAAA